AAGAGAACAGUAGAGAGUGCUUCAGAACGGAUCACAAACAGGAGAAAAUCUGCAGGCGCUGGAAAUCAGAGCUGGAGGAACUCAGCAGGCCAGGCAGCAGGUACGGAAAAGAGUAAAGAGUUGCAGUUUCAUGCCAAGACCCUUCAACAGGACUGGGAAAAGAAGAUCGGAAUUCAGACGUCCCCGCUGACGGUCUCCCAGCUGCCCUCCCUCAUCACAGCGCUGGAAGGAGAAGAUGCCAGGCUGACCUGCAGCCUCCAACGAGCGGUCGCCGAUGUGAGGAACCUCAGCUUCACCUGGGUCAGCGAGAGGGCUGAGGUGUCCUGCACCGUCGCGGUCCCGGGACGGGAGUCGAACCGGUGCAGCAGUUGGGAUGGAAGGCUUUCCAUCGCGGCUCACGGCUGGAAUAAAUCCUCGGUCCUGACCAUCAAGGAAGUUUCUUUCACAGACAAUGGUACCUACAGGUGUGGGGUUACACUCCUCGAUCCCCCCGGAAAUGAGACCGUUCACGGAAAUGUUUCUGUGCUGCUAAUUGUCAGUGAGUACUGCUGAUCAAAGUGCACUUCUUCUCAUCAGACGGUUCAGUUCCAUAUCGGAGAAUGUAUACAGCCUGAAAUUCUCACUCUUUGCAGGCAUCCAUGAAGCAGAAAAAAACUACAAAGAAUGACAAAAACAUCAGAAACCACUCCUCUUCCCCUUCUGCACACAGGCACCAGCAAAAUCAUCACCCCUUCCCCUCCACCUCCCCUGGACUUGCACCAGCAAAAGCAUCAACUCCCAACCCCCUCCCCCAUGCAAGCAACCGCAAAGCCCAUAAACAGACCUUGAUCCAAAAUCCAUCAAAAAAACGAUAGUCCAUAACCCAGAACUUCAGUAUCUCAGCAGCACCCACAACAUGCUGGAGGAACUCAGCAGGCCAGGCAGCAUCUAUGGAAAAGAGUACAGUUGACGUUUUAGGCCAAGACCCCUCAUCAGGUCCUGACUAAGAGAGGGAGAGAAAGAGAUAGAGAGAAAAAGAGAUGGAGAGAGAAAAGGGAAAAGAGAGAGCGGGGGAGAGAUGCAGAAAAAGGAUGGGGAUUGAGCCAUAGGUCAGGGGAACAGCUGGUUCAGCCCAAAUCUUUGAUGCUGACCAGGGCGCGGAACCAAAAAGCAUGUUUGCCCGCAUUUGGCCCAUGUCCCUCUGAGCCUUUCCCUACCUAUGCAGCAUCCAAAUUUCUUUACCAUACCUGCUUUAAUCAUAGUGAUUGUAAUUAAAUCUGCCUCAUACCUCCAGUAUCUUCCCAUAUUUCAAGACAUGCAGGAUUGGUGCCACUGUAAAUUAUCUCCAUUGUGGGGAUGUGAGGGCCGGAAGCUGGGGGCAGUUGAUGGGAAUGUGGCAUUGAAAUGGGAUCGGGGUAAAUGGAUGGUUGAUGGUCAGCAUGGACUUGAUGGGCUAAAGGGCCUGUUUCCAUGAUGUACACUCAAUGAUCCUGCUUGCUAAUGCAAAUACCUAAUCAGCCAAUCAUGUGGCAGCGACUCAAUACACAGAGGCAAGCGGACCUGGUCAAGAGAUUCAGAUGUUGUGCGGACUAAACAUCAGAACGGGGAAGAAAUGACUAAGCGACUUCGACUGUGGAGUGAGUCAUUGUUGGUGCCAGACAGGGUGGUUUGAGUAUCUCCUGGGAUUUUCACACACAGCAGUCUCUAGAGUUUGCAGAGAAUGGUGUGAAAAGCACCCAGUGAGCAGCAGUUCUGUGGGCAAAAAUGCCGUGUUAAUGAGAGAUAUCAGGGGAGAAUGGCCAAACUGCUUCAAGCUGCCAGGAAGGUGACUGUAACUCAAAUAAUCACACCCGUUUACAACAGUGGUGUGCAGAGGAACAUCUCCAGAUGCACAAUAUGUCUAACCUUGAAGUGGAUGGACUACAGCAGUGGUCCCCAACCACCGGGCCGCGGACUGGUAUCGGGCCACAAAGCAUGUGCUACUUUCCGCAAGGAAACUAUCCCUGAGCAGACCAUCCAGUUCAUCUGGCAAAAUGCCUCAUUGCCAGACCUCACCAACAGGCACCAAGACCUCGCCUGGCUGACGGUGAGAGGGGCCCUCCCAGUCAGAUCCCUCCGGUACACCCGGAACGUCGUCUCCACACCCCUCUGCCCACGGGAGGACUGCAGUGAGGAGUCAGUGACCCACCUCUUUGCACACUGUGGGCUCGCGGAGAAGGUGUGGAGGAGGAUGAAAGGGACAGUGUCGAGGUUCAUCCCCAGCAGCUGCGUAAUGGAGGACUCUCUGAUCUACGGGCUGUUCCCGGGGACGCACACCGAGACCAACAUCCGGUGCUGCUGGCAGAUCAUCAACUCGGUGAAAGACGCUCUUUGGUCGGCCCGAAACUUGAUGGUCUGCCAGCACACGGAGAUGUCCGUGGGGGAAUGCUGCCGACCGGCACAUUCUCGGCUGCAGGAGUACUGGCUGAGGGACACACUCAAACUCGGUGCAGCCACCGCAAGGGCUCGGUGGGGGAGGACCACAGUCUAGGGUUCUUCUCCCGUGGGAGUUGAGGGUAGGGCGGUGGGGUGUAUACCCCUGAACAGGGGAAUGUUAAUAUGGAAUAACAGAGUGCCAGGUGGGUGAUGGAAAGUGUGACAAUGUAAAGACCGUAAUGGAAACAGUUGUAAAGGAUUGAGAGUCAUUGAAUGGUUUAUUGUAUAUAAUUUUAUUUUUGAAUAAAGUAUAUUUUGUUUAAUAAAAAUACUAUAUGAUUUGUUGAUAUGAAACGGUACGAGUCAGCAACACCUUCCCUCAUUGCCGGUCACGCCAGGUCGUUACCCGCCUAACCGCAG